AUGUUUUUAACAUUAGAAAAAAAGGCAAAUACCCUGAAUUAUUUGGUGUUGGGCAUUGAAGAUCAUAAUGAUUAUGAAGCAAACACAAUGAUAACGAUACCGAUAAACUUUUCAAAAUUUCAUAACUUGAUAAUGUUAAAAUAUAAAUUUUAUUGGCCGCGUUUUGAACAUCAAAUUCAAACUUCAUGUUAUCAAAAUCUUAGAACCCUUCAUGUAAAUUAUAUUCAUAUCAGCACAAUCAUUUGCGUGAUUAAAAACUGUAAAGGGCACCUCAGGAAAAUUUUAGUCGAUGAAUAUGAUAAGAGAGAUAACAAUUAUCAAGAAUCUCUUCUCCUUAUCCGUACGGUUUAUGAAUAUUGUCCUUUGGUCGAAUAUUUGUCACUCGCAUUUCCAAAAUCAACAAAUCAUUUCGUUGAACUCGAAAAAUUACUAAAAACGUGUCUAAAAUUGAAUUCGUUACUGUUAAAAAUCGCUUGUUCUUAUCACGAUGAAAAAUCGCUUGAGGAGGCAAGACUUGAAACAGGAGAAGAAUUAUCAAAUCUAUUAAUAAAAUCAACACCAGAUAAUUUAAGAGAAAUUAGAUUAGGGGAAAUGGUUUCACAUACUUAUGGGGUUAAAUUUUCAUUGGAAACCUUGGAUGCUUUAUUAGAUAAUUGGAGAGGUCGUUCGAUAAUUACAUCAGACGAAUCAUAUAAAAAAGAAGAAUAUAUGGAAAUAAUAAAUAAGUACAUGGAUGAUGGAGUGAUUAAAAAAUUUAAAUGUGUUAAACCGUGGGAAGUUCAUUUUCAUAAUGAUUUGUCGAUUAAAGAUUAA